AUGUUUGUAUUCGAACCAGUUCUGCUUGCUGUUCUAGUGGCCAGUACCUGUGUCACUGCAAAAACACAUACAUGGAACUUCACUACAGGGUUUGUGAAUGCUAAUCCUGAUGGAGUUUAUGAGCGUGAUGAUGUAAUAGGGUUGAAUGGACAAUGGCCUCUUCCAGUGCUUGAAGCUGAUAAAGGAGAUCGCAUCGAAUUGUAUUUGACAAACGGAUUCGAGGAUUACAACACCUCAUUGCAUUUCCACGGGCUGUUUCAGAACGGAACUAACUCCAUGGAUGGCCCUGAACUAAUUACACAGUGUCCUAUCCCUCCUGGAGAAACCAUGUUGUAUAACUUUACUGUUGACCAAGUAGGUGCCUAUUGGUACCAUUCUCAUACUGCCGGUCAAUACGGGGAUGGAAUGCGUGCUGCUUUUAUCGUCCACGACGGUUCGGAUGAUGAUGACUUUCCGUAUGAAUACGAUGAGGAGUUCACUUUCACAAUUUCUGAGUGGUACCAUGAAUCCUCAGUAGACUUGAUCCCGAAUUUUAUGUCUCGUUUCAACCCAACUGGUGCCGAGCCAAUUCCUCAGAACUUCUUAUUUAAUGAUACUAGAAACUUCACCUGGAAUGUGGAACCGAGUAAAACAUAUAAGGUUAACCUGAUAAACGUUGGUGGAUUUGUCUCUCAGUAUCUCUGGAUGGAAGAUCAUACAUUCAAAGUGGUCCAGGUUGACGGUGUUUAUACACAGCCAAACGAAACAGACAUGAUAUACAUCACAGUUGCUCAACGUUACACUGUAUUGAUUGAAACCAAAGAUGACACCUCCCGCAACUACGCUCUAAUGCAACGUGUUGAUGACACUAUGUUGGAUGUUAUACCCAAAGACCUUGAACUCAACGGCACUAAUUACAUCGUGUAUAACGAGUCAGCUGGGUUACCUGAAGAGUAUAAAGUAGAGUCAUUGGACAUAUUUUUGGACGAUUUUUGGCUUGAACCCUUGGAGGCACAAGAAGCUUAUCCUGAUCCAGACUACCAAAUUGUCGUGGAUGUUGCAAUGGAUAACUUGGACGACGGUGUAAACUAUGCCUUUUUCAACAACUUAACAUACGUUGCACCUAAAGUUCCAGUAUUGGGUACUGUCUUUUCGGCAGGUGAAGAUGCCAUAAAUCCUCUCGUGUAUGGAUCCAAUACAAACUCAUUUGUCCUAGAAAAGGAUGAAGUUAUCGAAAUUGUUUUGAACAACCUAGAUACUGGUAAACAUCCCUUCCAUUUACAUGGUCAUGUGUUCCAGACAGUCGUAAGAGGUCCUGACUACGGUGAGGAGAGUACACCAGUCCCCUAUAAUGCUUCAGAAGCACAUGACAUCCCAGAGAAUCCUAUGAGACGUGAUACUGUUUAUGUUAAUCCCCAGUCAUAUUUUGUAAUUCGUUUCAAAGCUGAUAAUCCAGGUGUAUGGUUUUUCCAUUGCCAUAUUGAAUGGCACCUGGACCAAGGGUUGGCCCUAGUACUCAUUGAGGAUCCUUUGUCAAUUCAAAGCCAGCAAAAUCUUGAUGACAACUGGAAGCGUAUGUGUGAAGUAAACAACAUGCCAUACGUUGGCAAUGCAGCAGCUAAUACCGAAAACUUUUUAGACCUUACAGAUGAGAAUGUUCAAGUCAAAAAUUUGCCUGCAGGCUUUACCGCCCGAGGUAUCGUUGCAUUGGUGUUCUCCUGCAUUGCUGGUAUCCUCGGUUGUGUAGCCAUUGGGUUAUAUGGUUUAGCUGCGACAGAUGAUAACCCUGUUAAGUUGAGUCAGGAUCUGGGAAUUGAUGAGGAGUUUAUUCAAGACGAGACGUCUUCGCAAUUGAGUCACAAUGGUUCCAAAGAUACGACCGAAAAGACUGCAACUGAGUUAUUGAACUGA